UAGAGUGAGUAGACAGAAUCGAUUGUUUGUGACAGAGCAACAUGAUGGCUCUACAGCUUCUCCCUCAAUCUCCUAUUCUUCAAGCUCAAGGCCACAUCUUCCCAGGUGUCCGUUGCUUCAGUCCCUCCAAAGAUUCAAACUUUAUCUCCCUAAGCUCAAGCCCUCUUCUCAAAAUCCAACAAUACGCUCUCCCCAAGCUCCUAGCUUGUAAAUUCUCAAGAAAAUCUCAGUUUCACAGAUUCCAGUGUAAAGGGUUUAAAGACACCAAUCAAGAGAGCAAGGUUGUCCUGGACACUAAAGAAGGCGGCGGGGGCGGUGGUGGAGACGGAGGAGAUGGUGAUGGAGAGGAUGGGGAUGUUGAGAAAGGUUCUGAAUUUUUGCCAGAAUGGUUGAAUUUCACUUCUGAUGAUGCAAAAACAGUUUUUGCAGCAUUGGCUAUAUCACUUGCAUUUAGAUCAUUUAUUGCUGAACCAAGAUAUAUUCCUUCAUUGUCCAUGUAUCCCACAUUUGAUGUUGGGGAUCGAGUUGUAGCUGAAAAGGUCAGUUACUAUUUCAGAAGGCCCUGUCCCAAUGAUAUUGUAAUUUUUAAAAGCCCUCCAGUUCUCCAGGAAGUAGGGUAUACGGAUGAUGAUGUUUUCAUCAAACGAGUUGUUGCAAAGGAAGGAGAUACUGUUGAGGUUCAUGAAGGGAAGCUUGUGGUAAACGGGGUAGUAAGAGGUGAAGAUUUUAUUCUUGAAGGCCCCAAGUAUGAGAUGACAGCGAUUAGGGUACCCGAGAACUCAGUUUUUGUGAUGGGUGAUAAUCGAAAUAACAGCUACGACUCACAUGUUUGGGGUCCCCUGCCCUUAAAGAAUAUUAUAGGGAGAUCGAUAUUUCGAUAUUGGCCUCUAACUAGGAUAGGUAGCACAGUGCUUCCAGAAAGCUGUGUCUUUGACAAGCAGGAGACUAGUUUGGCAGCAAAUAAUACACCAUCUGAGUCGCCUAAUAAUUGAAGGUGCAGAUUUGUUCUCCUUUGUAUUUCUCAAUUUUAGAGAAAAUGUUAAUUAGAGAUGGAAGAGUAAUAUCUCAUAGAGAUGGUAUAAUUUAUCAAGGCCUUGUUACUAAUUUCCUGUGCAUGUUCCUUUGUGUUCAUUGCACCAUAUGUAGCCUUAGAAGAUUCUCACUCCCGUCACCUGCCCGUGAUCUCAGGGCCAUUUGAUAGAUACAGCUGAUUGUUUGUAAUAUUAGUACCUGAUAAAAGAUACAUUCUUUUCAUUGAAUGCCAUGUUUUCUGGGGUUGGAAAUGCCUUGUGUAUCCAAAACAGCAAAUGAGAUUGGGAUGAUUCUUCAUCGAUGUUAUGUAUCAUUGUAUCUUACAUAA